UCAGUUUUAUUCGUAAACUCGUCACAUAAACAACGUUUUUAAAAAAAGCGCUAGUUUAUUCAACAAAAAGUACCAAAGGAUAUUUAAGGAUUUAUUAUAUAUUUUUAGUUAUUUUUUUAAGAAAUAACUUUAGAAAAUAUAUUAACAAGAGUGAAAAAAAAUUAAAAUGGCAAAAAUUAUUAUUAGUGCUGUUGUGUGUUUAGCCAUGUUUGGCUCAAUGGCCUUGGCCGCCGGUCCUUGCCCCCAAGCUAAUGGCACUUAUCCUGUUUCCGGAUCUUGUGAUGAAUACAUUGAAUGUCGUAAUGGAGUGGCCACACAACAAGCGUGUCCCGAUGGUUUAUUGUACAAUGAAAAAUCAAGUGGUUAUCCCUGUGGCUAUCCCAUCGAAGUAGAGUGCUCUCAAGGCCAGGCCCGUUUGCAAUCAGCCCAAGCUACUGAGGAGUGCCCUCAUCAAUUUGGCUACUAUCGUAUGGGUGAUUCUAAGAACUGUGGUCAAUUCAAGAACUGUGCUUCUGGUCGUGGUUAUGUCCUCGAUUGUCCCGAUGGUUUGGCUUAUAACCCAGAGACCUACAGAUGUGACUGGCCCGAUCAGGUUGAAGAUUGUGAUGCUGAAGCUUUCUUGGGUUUCAAGUGUCCCGCUUUGCCAGCCAGAUCUGCUGAUUUGGGUGAACCCGAAGAAGAGUACAUAUUCUAUCCCAAUCCCAACAAUUGCCAACAAUACUACUUGUGCAUUGAAGGACGUCCCAGGCGUAUUUCCUGCGGCGAAGAUCAAGCUUUCAAUGAAGAAUUGAAACAAUGUGGCGAUAUUGAAGAAGUUAGCACCUGUAGUGCUGAUAUCAAGCAACGUGGUGUUGAGAUUAAGAAUGCCCGUUUGGCUUCUGCCCAAGCUAGAGCUGCCCAAAAGAAGCGUCUUUAAGUGAACACGGACAUUAAAAUAUAAAACUUUGUUGAUAUUUUUUUUUAUAUAAUAUUUUUCUAGUCCUUAGUGAAAAUGUGUAAUAAAUCUGUUUUUAUUUUGUAAAUAAAAAAAAUUGGCUCAAACGAAAAUGUAAAGAAACACGGGCAAUAAAUACAGUUUAAUAGAAAUAAACGAAAAAAUAAAUUAAAGAA